AUGCCAACUAUUGCAGAUUGUAUGCCUAGAGACAGGUUCUUCACUCUCAGAACAACACUGUAUGUUGUGGACGCUAACAACAUUCCACGUGAAUCAGAAACUAAUAGAUUGUGGAAAGUACAACCUGCAAUUAAUGUUGUACGCAGUGCUUGUUUGAGACCUCCACGCCCCUCUGAAAAUGAUUAUUCUACUGAUGAGCAAAUGGUACCAUUUACUGGACGCUGCACAUUGUCUCAGUAUUUUCCAAACAAACCGCGCCCUUUGGGAAUUAAUAACUUUGUUUUGGCAACAACGAAAGGUUUAGUACUUGAUUUUGAAUUUUAUCAAGGUAAAUCAACACCUCUGCCAGAUGUUGGCCUCGGUCUUGGGCCAUCUGUAAUACUUCGCCUUGCUCAAACAUUACCUCAAGGUUCAAGACUAUAUUUUGACAGACAUUUUAUAGCUUUGCCAUUAUUGCAACAGUUACUUGACCUAGGGCUGGAAGGAACAGUAACCAUAAUGAAAAACAGAGUAAAACCAGUUCACCUGACAGAAGAAAAAAGACUGAAUAGAGGAGAUAUGGAAGAAUUCUGCAGGGACGGUGAUAAAACAGUCAUUGUCCAGUGGAAAGAUUCAAAAGCUGUGACCCUUGCCUCUACUUGUACAGGAUGUGAACCUGUAAGCAAUGUUGAGAGAUGGAGUAAACUAGAAAAGAAGUACAUCUUAGUGCCAUAUCCUGCAGUCAUAGUGAAGUACAACCUGUGUAUGGGAGGAGUGGACCUCUGCGACCAAAUGAUGGAGACCUACAGGACUUUCUUGAAGACAAAAAAGUGGAUUUUAAAAGUUUUGAUUCAUUUACUUGAUUUGGCUUGCGUCAAUUCCUGGUUACAAUACAAAGUUGAAUGCGAAGCCAAUAAAGUACAAAAGAAAAGCACUUUAGAUGUUCUUGGAUUACGACAAGUGCUUGGGGAAGCGCUAAUUUCUUCUUCUUCAGGACAGGAACAUGAAAGUGAAUCCGUUGAAGAGCCACCAAAUAAAAUGUUCAAACCAGCAAACACAACAUGUGAUGAGAAGCGGCUAGACGGAUAUCAUCACUGGCCAACUGUUGAUGAUUUGCCUUAA